GUUUUGCUCUUCUCUGUACUAGUAUGUCUGUCUAGUUCACCAUUUUUUCUAACCUUAUUUUUUUUUUAUUUUGUAGAUGGCGGGUGAUAAUAGGGGCAAGGCUAUUGCUAAAGCCCCAAAAAAGUCAAAAAAGAAGCCUCCGUUUAUACCACCAGAGGUCCUAGUGCUCGGAACCCUUAGGAUUCCUGGCAGAGAUCGAUCUCCACUCCCGUACAUCUCACCACGUGGCCCUCCAUUUCCACAUUACGAGGAAUUAAAUGGGUUGGCAUGGAGUCAGCCGACCCUUCAUGUGACAGCACGCCCAUUUUUUUAGCCUCAGGGCCAAACAGAACCACAGAGUCGAUCUCAGUCCCCUGCCACACCUCGCACUAUCUCACAUGGCCUACCAGAUUAUUAUCAUGUAUCACAGUGUGCGAAUAUGAGCGGUACCCCGACUGCUACACCCAGCCCGACUACGUCACAACCAUCGACCUCAUAUAACCCAAAUGUUGUGACGUCGGAGCCUCACGAAAGCAGCUCUGAUUCUGACGAAGAACCUCCCCGACCAGGAGAUGUUGAGACAGUUGAUGGGUAUGGUCGUCUCAUAAUCAAGCCAGUUGGAUACGGCUUCUAUCCGUGCAAAGCAACAAAAAAGGUUUCACAGUCAGUCAAAUCACUUUAUAGAGGCGCCAUUUCAUCUUGGGGCAAGGUGGAUGUGGAUCUGAAGAAGCAGAUGUUUGUAGAAUUCAGGGUAUUUAUUAUUUAUAGUAAAAUAAUAUAACUAUAUGUUGAUUGU